AUGUCGUCCUUCAAUCAAAUUCAGACAGCUUGUGGUGCACUUGGUUAUUUCGAUAGUAAAACUUAUUUAAAAGAUGAUGAUUGUGAAGAUGCAUUACGUAUUCUACUUCGUUGUCUUAAAUAUGAUAAUGAACGUAAAGAUGCUCGAUUACAAAUGCUUGAAUCAAAAAUACUAGAAAAUGAUCUUAUACCUAUUCUUAUUUAUUUGAAUAGUAAACAAGAUGCAAAAAUUAUUCAUCAUGCUCUCAAAUUACUUGUUAAUUUAACAAAACCUCCAUUAGUAUGUUUUGAUGGAAAAUUACCAAAAGAUGUAACAUUAACAAAUGUUUAUUUAAAAAUUGAAGUUCAUUUACAAAAAACAAAAACUAAUUUAGCAAAUGAAAAACUCUUCGAUUUUCUUGUUAAUAAAGUUCAACCAGUACUUGAUACAAAAUGGCUUGAUCGAUCAGAUGAAGAUGAUUUCAUUUUACAUGCAGUUUUUACACUUGUACGAAAUAUUCUUUCAAUUAAAUCUGAACGACAAAUUUCAGAAGAAAGUGAUAUUAAUGCACAUGAUCUUGUUCUAUGGUCAAUUCAUAAAAGUAAUAUGGAAAAUUUAAUAUUAUUUUGUGGUAAUAAAGCUCAAGGAGAUGAACGUAUUAUGAAUAUUCUUGAAAUUCUUGUUUUAAUGUUACGAGAACAAUCUGCACAAGAAUUAGCUUAUACAGGUGAACAACAAACAAAAAAUCAGCGAGAGAAGACUAAUGAGUAAGUUAUCAUAGUUUUUUGUUUGGACUAUUAUAAAUAUAUAGAUAACUUCUUGGAAAAAUAAAAAUGAAGCGAUGCGAUGAUUUAUCUUGUCAAAUAG